AGUGACCUCACUGCCUUCUAGCGCGGCGUCCGAUCCUACCGGAAGUGGCAGACAGAGGCCGGUGGAUUCUGCGCUGCGGAGGGCGAGGCGCCGCCGCGACCAUGGGCCGCGAGUUUGGGCAUCUGAUGCGGAUGCGGCAUGUGAUCACCUACAGCUUGUCACCCUUCGAGCAGCGCGCCUUCCCGCACUACUUCAGCAAGGGCAUCCCCAACAUGCUGCGCCGCACUCGGGCGCGCAUCCUUCGCGUCGCGCCGCCAUUCGUAGUGUUUUAUCUUGUCUACACAUGGGGAACACAGGAGUUUGAGAAAUCCAAGAGGAAGAAUCCAGCUGCGUAUGAAAAUGACAAAUGAGCAACUCAUCUGGAUAAUAGUUUCUUGUCUCUGAAAGACCCUUCUCUGGGAGAGGAGUCUACAUUUAGUGUCUUGAAGACACAAUAAACUUAUUAUAGGCUGCA